UCUAGUAAUGGCCAGCAGAAGAUCAAAACCUUCAAGUAGUGUCCCAGAAGAUGAGCUUAAGGAUCUUAUCAUGAAACUUCGCGCAUUGUUACCAACUGAAAUCAAUAGAAACAACACAACCAGGGUUUCACUGUGGAGGCUUCUGGAGGAGACAUGCAAUCAUAUCAAGAGGCUGCAGAGUGAAGUUGAUGGCCUGAGUGAGAGACUAUAUGAGCUAAUGGCCUCUCCCAACACCAGUACUGCUGAAGCAGACAUCUUAAGAAGGGUCUUUGAGCAACAAUAGACACUGCAAUAUUUUUUGCUAUUGCAGUUCUAUGGUUUGCGCUACAUCUCAUGGAGAGUAUGUGUAUGUUUACCAUAAUUAACUAAGUUGGAGGAAAGGCUGACUUAGCAUCUUCAAGAGUACUGAAGUUGUCUGAGUGCUGCAUGGGUUGCUUAUGAAAACCCUAAAUCCAUCUCCUUCAAUCCACUUUUGUUGUGUUUUUGAGUGUGUAGAUUUGCUCCCGGGGCUGGCUGCUCUUCAUAUAUGCACCACCCAUAAGUGGAGCUAAGUUUAAUAUAUAUAUUUAUUUCUGUUUCAA